AUGUUAAAAGCAGUUCGUCUUUUUUGUCGACAAACAUCACCAAAUCUAAUUCGCAGAUUGCGUCAUAUAGAUAAUUCAUCAGUAGAUAAUCGAUCUCCUUCGCCUAGUCUCGGACGUGAUUCAACGAUUUCAACAGUUUAUAAUUUUCCAGCUUUAUCAAAAUCUCCUUCAGGAUUACCAUCAGUAAAAUAUGCAGUAGCGGAUGCAAAUCGAUAUGAAACAAAUGUCACAACACUCGAUAAUGGUCUUCGAAUUGCUUCAGAAAAAUUCUUUGGUGAUUUUUGCACUGUUGGAGUUAUUAUCUCUGGUGGACCUCGGUUUGAAGGAAAAUAUACAAGUGGUGUUUCACAUUUUCUUGAAAAAUUAGCAUUUAUGUCGACACAAAAAUAUGAAAAUCGUGAACAAAUUAUCGAUUCAUUACAUGAAGUAAAUGCUAUAUGUGAUUGUCAAACAUCAAGAGAUAUCAUAAUCUAUGCAUUAUCAUGUCGAACAAGUGGUCUCGAACGUGUUAUUGAAUUACUUUCUGAAACAAUAUUUCGUCCAAAAUUAUUACCAGAAGAAAUUGAAGGUACACAAGCAGCAAUUUUUAAUGAAAUAGAUGAUUUAAAAAAUCGAAGAUAUGAUCCAACACCUCUUAUAACUGAUAUGAUACAUGCAGCUGGUUAUAAAAAUAAAACCUUAGGUUUACCAAAAUAUACACCUGUCGAUAAUAUUGCUCGAAUAGAUGCAUCUUUGAUAAAAUCAUAUAUGAAAGACUUUUAUCAACCAGAACGAAUGGUACUUGCCGGUGUUGGAGUUGAUCAUCAACAACUUGUUGAUUUAGGAAAAAAAUAUUUUUCUGUGCCAAAAAAUGAAAAGAAAAUUAUUGAUGAACAAACUUCGAACGAUAAUAAAGCUGUAUGGACUGGUGGAGUUCUUAUGGAAGAAAUUGAUCGUAGUCAUUUAUCAUUUGGUGCUGAUCCUUUACCAGAAAUUGCUCAUAUUGGACUUGGUUUUGAAGCUCCAUCUCAUAAAGAAGAACAUGAAUUUGUUUCGGCUUGUGUUUUAAGUCAAUUGUUAGGUGGUGGUGGUUCAUUUAGUGCUGGUGGUCCCGGUAAAGGACUUUAUUCACGUUUCUAUACAAAUGUUUUAAACAGAAAUGAAGAAAUCAAAACAGCUAUAUCAUACAAUCAAGCUUACACUGAUUCUGGUUGUUUAUAUUUUCAUUUUGGUGGUUAUCCAUCGUAUCUUCGUAAUAUGACUGAUGUUGCUAUACGUGAAAUUGGUUAUCUUGUCUCUCAUCCACCUGAAACUGUUGAACUUGAACGAGCUAAAACACAAUUACAAUCAAUGCUUUUCAUGAAUUUAGAACAACGACCAGUUGUUUUUGAAGAUGUUGCUAGACAAGUACUUUUUGUUGGAAAACGUCAACAAGCUGAAUAUUAUUUUAAUCGAAUACGUCGUGUACAACCUGAAGAUAUUCAUAAAGUUGCACGACGAAUAUUUAGUACACCAUUAGCUCUAGUUGGUCUUGGUAAAGGUUUAAAUAAUAUGCGUUCAUAUGGUCAAAUAUCUGAUACAAUACAACGACAAUUAUCACCUUCAACACGUUGGCGUAUAUUUGGUUAA